UCCCACCUCAGCCGAUUAGCACACGUCUAAAAUCCAACACGUACUUCGUACAACAUGGCGCAACUUUGAGAGUCAACGACAUGUCAAUCGCAUAGGCAAUUCAAUCAAUCAUCCAUCGACAAAUUCACAGGUCGCAUCAACACCCCACAGCACAGCACCACACCGCACCGGACCAAAACGACAAUGGGCUCCUCAGAUAUUCCACCCCCGCACGCUCCCCCAUGGCUGAUCCCCCUCUCAACCCUCUUCCUCGGCACCGGCGUCCUCUUCUGGGUCCUAACGUACAUCCUCAUGACGCGACGGGGCCUCGCGACGCAAUCCUACGGCAUGCCCAUCGUGGGCCUGGCCAUCAACGUGAGCUGGGAGAUCAUCUACGGGUUCUACGUGGCGGAAGCCUGGCUGGAAAAAUCGGGCUUCCUGUUCUGGCUUCUACUUGAUCUGGGCGUCAUCUACACGACGGUGCGAUACGCACCCUUGGAAUGGAGGGAUGGAGGGAGGCAAGUGGUUGGGAGGCAUAUGGGCUGGAUAUUGGGCUUCAUGUUGCUGGUGGGAUGUUGGGGACACUACGCUUUCGCGUCGUGGUGGCUUUCGAGGCCGGGCGUGGGAGUCGGGGAUAAAACGGGCAAGUGGUUUCAUGGCGAGGAAGGCUACGACACGACGGAGCUGGCAUACUGGUCUGCGGGCGUGUCGCAGCUGGUUUUGAGUGCUGGGAGUUUGGCCAUGCUGCUUGUGCGAGGACACUCGGGGGGUACUGGUUAUGUGAUCUGGUUCUGCAGAUUUGUGGGCUCCGUGUCCGGCAUGGGUCUCUGCAACGCUCUGCUUUGGUGGUACUGGCCCGAAGCCCACGGUUACUUUUUGCACCCACUGGGAGUCUUCAUGUGCGGUUUGUCCCUCCUGUGCGACCUUUCUUACCCCUUCCUCCUCUGGCAGGUUCGUCGCACGGAGAGAAUGCUCCCUGACGGAAGACUGGUUGCUGGCGAUGUUGUAGUGUCUAGUAAGGUGGACAAGACGUUGUGAUAGUUCGAAGGUACUUCAUACACCGCUGAGGCUUAGAGAUAAGUACGAUGCGCGUGGCACACGCAACAGCAUGUGCCAGUUACGAUGACUGAGCCCCGUCCAACGUUAAGGAUGUAUGAGUAGGGGGCUCGAAGCAACGACAAAGUAGGCACAGUAUGAGUGCGUUGGGUGAGUAAGUAUCAUAUAUUGUCGCUCGAUGUGUUAGCUACUCAACCAAUACGUCUAGCCUAAAUAGAAUUGAUCGGACUUUCCGGA